GGCGCGGGCAGUAAGCCGGGCGCUAGGACCGCGGGGAGCCCGGGCUGCGGCGGCGCUACCUUAAACCCAGCCCAAUGCCGCUGCCUGCGCCACUCUGCGCGCCGGCGGGGGCUGCGCAGGAGGAGCGCUCCGCCCGGCUACAACGCUCCGCGAGCCGGCGCGGCAACACCUGUUCGCGGCAGCCUGGGCGGCACGCGAGCUCCCGGACGCGGCUCUCCUCGCUCGCCGCUCGCCACCCGUUCUAAGCCAAUGGACAUCUGCCGAGCCUCUGGAGAAUCCUGGAUACUAGCUUUGGACGCCUAAAGUUUCUUCUUCUUUUUGUUUUAUUAUUAUUAUCAUUUUUUGGAGGGGGGACCGGGAGGGGAGAUUUGUCGCCGCCACCAACGUGAGAUUUUUUUUUUCCCCUUGAAGGAUUCAUGCUGAUGUCUGCAGAGUCGGUUAGAGAGUAAAAACAGCGCAUGCCUUCCUGGAGUCAGGAUCCGUAAAUUCUGACGUAGCCCGUGCAUCUUAAAAAUCCCUAUAAUAACGCCUAGGCAUUUAAGUUGCUAUGGUCAUUCUGAUCUCAAACCAAAUGGAGAAACUACGGAUUUUUUUUCCUUAUUACGGUCGGAUGGGAUGAAGACCUUCCUGCCUGCUAAGAGCUGGGGAUCUAUCUAUAGAGAUACAUAGAUAUGUUUAUCAAUAUGUCAGUGUGUGAGUAUAAAGUGGUGGUUUCUUAGACUAUCAGUGGUUUGACCUUGAACCUGUGCCAGUGAAACAGCAGAUUACUUUUAUUUAUGCAUUUAAUGGAUUGAAGAAAAGAACCUUUUUUUUCUCUCUCUCUCUCUGCAACUGCAGUAAGGGAGGGGAGUUGGAUAUACCUCGCCUAAUAUCUCCUGGGUUGGCACCAUCAUUAUUGUUUAUUCUUGUGCUCCAAAAGCCGAGUCCUCUGAUGGCUCCCUUAGGUGAAGUUGGGAACUAUUUCGGUGUGCAGGAUGCGGUACCGUUUGGGAAUGUGCCCGUGUUGCCGGUGGACAGCCCGGUUUUGUUAAGUGACCACCUGGGUCAGUCCGAAGCAGGGGGGCUCCCCAGGGGACCCGCAGUCACGGACUUGGAUCAUUUAAAGGGGAUUCUCAGGCGGAGGCAGCUAUACUGCAGGACUGGAUUUCACUUAGAAAUCUUCCCCAAUGGUACUAUCCAGGGAACCAGGAAAGACCACAGCCGAUUUGGCAUUCUGGAAUUUAUCAGUAUAGCAGUGGGCCUGGUCAGCAUUCGAGGCGUGGACAGUGGACUCUACCUCGGGAUGAAUGAGAAGGGGGAGCUGUAUGGAUCAGAAAAACUAACCCAAGAGUGUGUAUUCAGAGAACAGUUCGAAGAAAACUGGUAUAAUACGUACUCAUCAAACCUAUAUAAGCACGUGGACACUGGAAGGCGAUACUAUGUUGCAUUAAAUAAAGAUGGGACCCCGAGAGAAGGGACUAGGACUAAACGGCACCAGAAAUUCACACAUUUUUUACCUAGACCAGUGGACCCCGACAAAGUACCUGAACUGUAUAAGGAUAUUCUAAGCCAAAGUUGACAAAGACAAUUUCUUCACUUGAGCCCUUAAAAAAGUAACCACUAUAAAGGUUUCACGCGGUGGGUUCUUAUUGAUUAGCUGUGUCAUCACAUCAGCUCCACUGUUGCCAAACUUUGUCGCAUGCAUAAUGUAUGAUGGAGGCUUGGAUGGGAAUAUGCUGAUUUUGUUCUGCACUUAAAGGCUUCUCCUCCUGGAGGGCUGCCUAGGGCCACUUGCUUGAUUUAUCAUGAGAGAAGAGGAGAGAGAGAGAGAGACUGAGCGCUAGGAGUGUGUGUGUGUGUGUGUGUAGCGGGAGAUGUGGGCGGAGCGAGAGCAAAAGGACUGCGGCCUGAUGCAUGCUGGAAAUAGACACGCUUUUCAUUUCUGAUCAGUUGUACUUCAUCCUAUAUCAGCACAGCUGCCAUACUUCGACUUAUCAGGAUUCUGGCUGGUGGCCUGCGCGAGGGUGCAGUCUUACUUAAAAGACUUUCAGUUAAUUCUCACUGGUAUCAUCCCAGUGAACUUAAAGCAAAGACCUCUUAGUAAAAAAUAAAAAAUAAAUAAAAAUAAAAAUAAAAAAAAGUUAAAUUUAUUUAUAGAAAUUCCAAAGGCAACAUUUUAUUUAUUUUAUAUAUUUAUUUAUUAUAUAGAGUUUAUUUUUAAUGAAACAUGUACAGGCCAGAUAGGCAUUUUGGAAGCUUUAGGCUCUGUAAGCAUUAAAUGGCAAAGUCCGCUAUGAACCUGUGGUAAAUUCAUGCAAGUAGAUAUAAUGGUGCAUGGAUAUAAGAAAUUCUAAUGACCCUAAUGUACUAAAGGCGACAAUCUCUUUUGUGCCCAUAUUAUUGUAAACUUAUGCACAUCGCUCAUGACACUGAGUAUUCACUCUUCAGACUGCUUGUUUCAUAGCUUAUCCCAGAGGAUUAAAGAUAAACUGGGUCUCAAACUUUGAUUCUGUGUCUGCAAUAUUUCCUCUCUCAUAAGUGACUCCACUAUUGUAACUUCAUGGUUGGAAAAUAUGAGGGUUGAUAUAUGUCUUACUUGUUUAAAUCUGUCGCAGAAUAUACCAAAGCUAAAUAAUAACUAUGCUUUUAUUUUAGCCGAUCUCCAGAAUGACAGUAUUAACAUCAAACAUUGUAUUGAUUUAGAAUUCUCAAAAAAGGAAAAAAAAGUACAUAGCACAGACUAUUUUUUUUAAAGACGUAAGAAUCAGAUUAACAGGAUCAUACUUGUAAACUUUUUUUGGUUCACUUGGCUAUCAAAUAUGAAAUUAUAGAAGUAUCAUAGGGGUCAUUGUAACAUCUUUUAGAGAAAAUGGCUAUCAGUGUGAACUGUCAUAAUUACGUGGUAAUAGCACCCUUAGUAAAACUUGCAAAAUGAAACUAAUAAAUCGUUAUCAAUAAUGACAAUGAGGGGGAAAGUAUUAUACUUGUUGACUGUGUUUUGUUUUUUAAAAUGGUCUCCACAAGCGCUCAAUUUUUUUAGAGGGGAUAUUACUAUAUAGAAUAUCUUUUACAAGGCUUUUAUAACAUUUUAUGCUGAAAAGCAUAAGAAUACGUAUUUCUUUAGUAGCAAUAAUUUUGGAACUUGCCCUUGGGCAAGCGAGACUAUUUCUUACUAUAUACUAAGGAGAAAAGAGCCAAAUUCUUAAAGCAAUAUUUAAGAAAAAAGGAAUUUAUAACAAAUUCUCAUCUACAUAUGACACUUUCUAGCCAGUUGUGUUGAGAAGUGCAAAGUGAUGGUUUAAACAUGUGUUGGGAUUUAUUGAACUAAUUUUAAAAUUUACUAUUCAAACUUUAUUUUGCUCUGAUGCACAUUCUCUAUGAAAAAUAAAAGUGUGUCACUGGUGAGUGACAGCUGUUAUGAGCUAGAAGCGCAUGACUUAUUGUGACGAUGUCUUGCCUUUCUGUGGUCCAAGUUGGAGUACAUGGCAAUGCCCUCCUGCUGAUGUGCAUUAAGGAAAAUCUAAGUCUAAUAUUUGGAAUUAAGAGAUAUUUUAGGGGGAGGGGACAGAAGCAAUGUAAAAUAGUUGAUUUAUGAUAAAGCUCAGAAUGUCCUCUUCAUUUAUUUUCUUGUUUUAUUUUCCUUUCUAAACAGAAACUGCAUUUAAUUCCAAAAAGUAGUAUUCUUAUUUAUUAUUUAACCCUUUGCUGCUGCUAAAAUGUGCACAUAUUCAGGCUUUAGUUUUUCCAAAAGGCAUUUUUUUUUUUUGGCUGAAAAAUAUUAAACAUUUGACCACAGGGAAGAAUCAAGUUUCUAGGAUGUCAUAGGUAUACUAUGUAGCACUGAAAAAAUUGAUUUUAGGUGACAGCCAAAAGUAGUCUUAAAGUAGCAUGAGACCUUAGAUAAUCGACCUAAAAGAAAGAAAAUUGUGAAAAAGACAAAAAUCUUCAUGCAUUCCUAUAAAAUGCUACUUUAAGGUCUACUUUUGGAGUUAAUUUUGUUUGGUACUUUUUUUUUUUUAAGACGAGCAAAUUGUUAUAUGCUUUUGGCAAUUGAUACAAUAAACUGUAAUGGUCUGUAAAUAAAUAAAUAUUGACUCAUGCGAUUUAUGUAAAUAGUUGAACUGGGAGAGUGGAUGGCUCAGGGUUUCGGUGUGGGCAUUGUCUAUUGGGCAGUAGAGUGAGUCAUCCCCAGCUCAUGGGUUUGCAUCCAGUUCUUGUCUUAAGAGACCCAAAGCCCAGUGAAUGGCAGCCCUGAGCCACUGUGGAAUGGGGGUUCUGGUUUCACAAACAGAUGCUUAGAUAGCCAAACCACUGUCUUGUUGGUGCCAACACUUGCACUGUGGUCAAAGACUUACCGAGCAUGGGCCGAACAACCUUCCCAUCUGUCAUGCGAAUGUCCCCAAGCAGUGGUGAAGGACAUGCUAGGUCAGUGUUGGGGAACCUGCCCUGCCAGGUCCUGUUUUGUAGAUAAACAAAUGGCUGCCUUCUGGUGUUUUUAUUCCAUUUCAUCUCAUUAACACUACAACCUUGUGUUAUUUACUGAUAAUCUGUAAUUGUAUGUAAAUACAUACAGGAUUAUGUAAUUUGUGUAAAUACAUAAUUACAGAGUUUUGAAAACUGGUAUUUUUUACUUGAUGUCCAUUUUGGAGCUGCUUCACAUUCUGUGCCUACAUGAGCCAAUGGAAUUUAAAAAGCAUAUUCUCCUUGCUCUUAGACAGCUGUGCUAUGUGUUGAGGGGUUGAGGGUUAUGGGGGAUGGAGGGGAAGGAACAAACAUAUCCAGAUGUGUUCUCUCUGUAAGUGUUCGAUGAAGAAGCAAGUCAUGUUCUGGGAUGAAGAUUUAUGAACUUGGAGCAAGCGAGGCUAAGUGUGUGUGCACAUUUACGUGGACGGGUGAAUGGACAAAGGCAUAUUGUUUGAGAUCAGACUCUGUUUGCUGCAUCACUUGACCUUGAAAUGUGCCAAAUUUAGAUCCACUGUUUGUGGUCACUUGCACGAAAAAGCAAUGAAAUGGUGGGGGUCGGGGAGUAUGCCAGAUGAAUAAAAAGAAAUAUUAGCCACCAAGGCCCUCUCAAGUGUACGUGUGUAUACAUGUGGCCUACGUGCUCUAUGAUACCCACAUGUAUCCAUAGACAUUUCACAUUUUAAAACUUAUAUUUUAUUCUUAAAAGUGGAAUGGGGAGGAAUUAUAACAAUAAAUUGUGUUUACUUCUUUAGGACACAGUCCAAAAUUCAGGACUUCAGGUUUGUAGGAUGGACCCUGGCCACAGAACGUUUGGUCACAAAUGUGUGAAUAAACGGCUCAAAGUGUGAUUUGUACCUUUUACUUGCAGCACGCUUCUAUCAUUGCCCUGAGGUCUUUAGAAAAAACUUUUUGAAGUACCCUUCAUUAGAGAGGAACAUGCAGAAAUAAGAAAUAGACAGUUCUGUAAUUUUCUUUUGGAAGAAAUUGAAAAUGAAUAUUCUUAAUGUGUAUUCUCCACCAGCUUAGUCACCUGGUUGCUAGACAGACAUCUGGCUCUUAGGUCAGCCAGUUAUGAGGCCUCUUUGCUGUUUGGGUUCAUAGGAAAAGAAAAUUCUUACUUAAAAUUCUCAUUAUUCUCCAACCAUAUUCCAGCUUAUAUAUUGGAAAUUUUUUUUAAAUUUAAUUUUAAUUUAAAAAUUUGGGCCAGGUGCGGUGGCUCAUGCCUGUAAUCCCAGCACUUUGGGAGGCCGAGGCAGGUGGAUCAUGAGGUCAGGAGAUCGAGACCAUCCUGGCUAACAUGGUGAAACCCCGUCUCUACUAAAAAUACAAAAAAAAAUUAGCCGGGCAUGGUGGCAGGUGCCUGUAGUCCCAGCUAUUUGGGAGGCCGAGGCAGGAGAAUGGCAUUAACCUGGGAGGCGGAUCUUGCAGUAAGCCAAGAUUACGCCACUGCACUGCACUCCAGCUUGGGCGACUGAGCAAGACUCCGUUUCAAAAAAAAAAAAAAAAAAAAGGCAUAAUUGGAUAUCUGAAUAGCCUUUGGCAAGCUGUGCUCUUGCUAUUUUUUUUUCUGUCCCUUUCUGAAGGUCCUUCUAGCUAUGCUGUUUUGGUUAUGAUUCCCAUUGUAUUAUUAUUGUUGUAAUGAUCCUAUUAGUAGACUCAGGAAAAUCUGGAAUUAAAAGUAGUUAAAAGAAAAAGUUGUGUUUGAGAGCAUUCAGAGCUGAACAACCAGUGCUGCCCUCCUCACACUGGGGAAGGGCAAGCAUUAUUGACAAUGUUCAUGGUCCAGCUUGGAGAAACUUAUUUUUGGAAACACUCAUGCAGGCUUUUUCCUUACCAUUUUGUGGGAUGUUGCAAAACAUUCUCUAAGUUCCUCCUGGCUGUUGCCUCUAGCUCCUGGUGUAUGCACAGGCACAGGGUUGCAGCCUGGUGAGAUUUCUGUUUCUUACCACUUACUAAUAAGAGGGCUCUUCCUAGUCUGUGAAGAUGUUAGAAUUACAACUUCUGUUUCAGAGGGAGGCAAUACUCCAGAUGUCCCCUUACUCUGUGGUUGACCACACUCGUCCUCCCUCUUUCCUGCCUAUGUUUCUUCUCAGUCCCCUCCCUCCUUCCUUAAUUUCAUUAUGUGGAGCUGGAGUCAGGAUGAAGAAGACAGAUGUCACUGGUGGCACACACACAGUUUAGACAAAUAGACAUCAUGGUGCAUCGUGAUGAAUACUGGGAUAAGGAAGGUACUGGGGGCUGUGGAAAGUAAGUUGCACGCAAUCCGGACUUACAAGAGCCCAGGGAUGUGAUGUUUAUGGUGAAACGCAAAGAAUGAGAAGGGUUACGGAAAAGACAGCUAUAGAUUCUCUGGCGUUCUAUAUGUGUCAAGAAAGUGCUUUCUCCCUUGUGAACUUGGGCUUAUUCUAUCUCUGAUGUUUCCCAGAUAACCGUGGCUGAGCCUGACAUAAAAGUGACGUAAAAAGCCUGAGGUAAAAAGUGCUGGCUGAUGGGCCAGCUUUGGUCUUGCAGGGUUUCCUAAGCCUUGUGUGGGGGUGUUGGUUUGUGGAGAAAAUCAGAACACAGUCUUUGCGUCAGAUCAGCUUUGUUGCCCUGGGCUCACCUGUGGCCUCUUUCAGAAUGCUCUUCUGUUGUUCUUGGUUUCUUUCCAGAGAGAGGUUAUCCUACUCAUUUGUGUUUUAAUUUAAUUUAAUUUUUUAAGGCAGGGUCUCACUCUGUUACCCAGGCUGGAGCGCAGUGGCACGAUCUCCACUCGCUGCAGUUUCCAUCUCCCAGGCUUAAGCGAUUCUCCCGCCUCAGCAUCAUGAAUAGCUAGGAUUACAGGCACGUACCACAGCAUCCCACUAAUUUUUUGUGUUUUUAGUAGAGAUGGGGUUUCACCAUGUUGGCUAGGCUGGUCUCGAACUCCUGGGCUCAAGCAAUCUGGCUGCCUUAGCCUUCCAAAGUGCUGGGAUCGCAGACAUGUGCCACUGCGCCCCUACAUGUUUUUAUUAACGUUACUUAUUUUAAUUAUCUCUCACAUUUACCUCAUGUCACAGGCAAUAUCUGCAGUGUAAAAAUAAUUAAAAUACAGGAAAAUAAAAGAGGCAAAAACAUAAUCUUUAAAAUAUCCAGUUCAUUCUUUCAAUGAAUUUGUAUUGAGCAACUGCUAUAUGAUAUGAAACAGGGCUGGGGAUAUAGUAGUAAAAAAUAAGACAACAUUCUGAUCUUGUUACUUAAACACCAAGCUGAGUUCUAUGUCAAUGAAUCUAUAGACACAUGGUACCUGCUCAAGAAACUGUAGGACUGGGAUGCCCACAUCCAAAGAAAUUAGGACACCUCGGCAAUUCUUCAUGAACUUUGCUCUUCUUCAACUAUGUAUUUAAUUUACCUUAAUAUGUAAGAACUCAGUUCAAAGCAGCGCUAUUCAAGUUCUGUUGGUUUAAGUAGGAUGGCAUGGAAAGAAUGUCCUCAAAUUUGAUGAUACAGAUUGUUUCGGUAGAUGAGCAACCGCUUGGCAGAAAAUGAGUUUCUUUUGAAAUAAACAGAAUGUAGUCCAGCCUGUUCCCUGACCUCCUCUCCUUGGGAAAAUUCAAAGGAAAAGGCAAUGGCAUUCCAAGUUUUUCAGUUGUAGAUUUGUGAUGUCUUUUAAGGGUAUGAGAGCUCAGUGAAGACAUCACUUAAUGGGCUAAAAGGACUGAUGGAGCUUGGAAAAUGCCUCCUCUUCUCCCAUUAAACCCUUCUCAUUGGAAUAUCAAUGGGCAUCUAAUAUAUAGUCAUAGGUUUAAUGCCAGAGAGAUGAAAUUGUACAUCUUGGUUAGAGAGAUGAAACCUUUCAUUUUGCUCAUCUUCACCAAAUGACAAAUCCGUAAUUAAUCUGUCUCUGGAUUCCUUGUGGCUUGCUUUGAUUUCCUUUCCUAGUUGAGAGGGUGGACCAUGGAUUCCUACUCUCUUGGGUCUCCCUUUCCCUAUCCCAUGUUUAAAGAGUAGAAAUGUUUAGGUUCAUAUUACAGAAUAAGUAGAACAGACAGAGUGUGAUGGAUGGUCUUUAGAAUUUUCUCAGAAGAGUCUUAUGAUCUUAAAUUUGGCUUAGGAAAUAAGAGUGAAUUGAAUCAGAGCAGUAUUCAAAGCAGGGCAUCUUGGCAAACAAAGAAACUCUCCAUUCUUCAGGAGAUACUUCAUGACUGACACUGGUUGAGUAAAGCCUAAACAUUUCCAUGAUGCUGCCAUUCACCUAGCAUCUGAAGUGCCAUCUGGAGAUAGAUGAGGGUUAUGAAUGACUCUUGGUAAGUGGGCACAAAAUUAGAAAUCAGGCCAUUUCUUCUGAUUAUUUGCUUCAAAGAAGGGACUUACAAUUUGUAGUGACUCUAAUGUGCCCAAUGUAUGCUUCCUCUUUCUUCCUCUUGGCAUAUUUCCUGUGCAAGCAGGCUGAAUUCUACUAUUUUCAUCUCAGAGCAUUCAUUUUGUUCCAGAUGCAAAAUGCUUAUUUCUUUUAAAAUAUAGAUUAUUGGGUGGAAGAGUUGUAUUGAAUUAACAAUGCUUUUUGUUGAAGUGGAUAAAUUCACCUGACUGAAAAUAUAGUCUAGUCACCUCUAAUCCAUAUCCAUGAGCCCAAAAGCAGAUUUCUGUGUUUUGGCCCCAUUCUGUAUUCCAUGUGGUCCUAAAUGUGUUUCAAAAGUAUCAGUACCUUGAAAUGGCCAAAUUACAUCUCAGAUGAGUUGUUUUAUGUCCUAAUGAACUGAUUUUAAUAGACACGUGGGUUGUAUAUAUUUUUUCAAAUAUCAAAAUGUCAGCUUAUAGGAGAAUUAAAAUACAAAUAGCAAAUAUUAUAGUAUGAAUAAUAAAGGUUAUUUUUGUA